CAUUAUGACUUCACUGCAUGUGAUGCAAGGCCACUGUGUUUACACCAUUAACAUUAGACCUAAAUUAUUCAUGGACUGUUGGUCUGCGUUGCUCUUUGACAUGAUGACUCUUUGAAGUAUCAGGGCGUGGCUCAGCUCUGACCUGCACUGCGAGACAGCUCAUUCUGAAAGAUGAAAGUCUUGUCUUUCUUGCUCCUAUGCUUUAUUGCAAGCACACAGUGUCAAGUUGAAAUUGAUGGUCCUAGCGUUGUAAAUGCACAUGUGUUCGAGAAUAGUAAUGCAGGGACACAAGUAGUGGACUUCCACGUAGCAGGAGAGUCUAGUGUAACGUGGUCCCUAAACAGCACAAGCAACUUUACUAUCAACAGCCAGGGUGUGGUCAGUGUAGGUGAUGUCCUGGAUAGAGAAGCAACACUAGCACCCCAUGUCAUCACUCUUACAGUGACUGCAGCUGCUAAUGCUUCAAAUGAUUCAGUUGUACUGGUCAUCACGAUUCUAGACAGGAACGAUAAUGCUCCAAUCUUUGAAAACCCAACGUCUAAUGGGACUCACGAUCUUAUCACGUUACUUGAGUCGGAGCCUGUUGGUGGGAUUGUGUACACUAUACUGGCAUCUGAUCCUGACUUUAGCUCUGCCGGAAACUUUCAUUUUGUUCUCACAAAUCCAGAUGGAUAUUUUCUUGUUGGCUAUUUGACUGGUGACAUUGAGCUUCACAAGAAAUUGGACUAUGAAACACAAACCACUCACACUUUGAAUAUACAAAUUCAAGAUGAAGGACAGCCAUCCCUUAGUACUGCAAUCACAAUAACAGUCAAUGUCACCAAUGAUGAGGAAUCAGCUUGUGUCUUUGGCCAGAAAUUCUAUUAUUCUACUAUUCCUGAGGGCCAUUACUCUUCAAUGACUCCUUCUACCAUUACAACAGUAUCAGCUACUGCUAGCACUGGAACUGUUAGAUAUUCUCUCACUACCAAUCCUUCUAGUUUGUUCAGUAUUGGCACUACUAAUGGAAUCGUUACACUUGCUGGGUCUAUAGACAGAGAAACUAUCUCAAGAUACAUUGUAUCAAUAUCUGGUCAAGAGUAUUUAUCUAGUGGUGUUAUGGCUGACUCUCCUCCUUGCUAUGCAACAAUUGUCCUGACAGUAUCUGAUAUCAAUGAUAAUUCUCCUACAUUCUUUUCUGGUACUUAUUCUGGUACAGUUAACGAGAAUAUUGAGCUAGGACACAUUGUCAUUGCUACCAUUAGUGCCUUUGAUCUUGAUCUGGGCACUAAUGCUGCUUUUAUGUACAAGAUACGUGAUAGAGCCAUAGGAGCUGAUAAUAAGUUUCAGAUCCAUCCAACCACUGGUGUCAUUAAUGUAACAGGAGAGUUAGACUAUGAAUCACUCUCUGAUCCAAACUACCAAUUUACGAUUGAAGCAUUCGAGCCAGCUAGUGUGUCUAACCCAAAAAGUGGGACUGCUACAGUAACUGUACACGUUAACGAUGUCAAUGAUCAUACUCCAUACUUUCAUGCCUCAAAUUAUUCAUUUACACUUUAUGAGGAACAACCACUGACCUCAUUCACUCCAUUAUUAACAGCUAGUGAUGAUGAUGCUACUAGUUUGUAUAACACACUCUCAUUUUCACUCAAUGGAUAUGGGGCUGUACAGCCUAACCUACAUUUCACCCUCAACUCAGCACCAGGAUCAAAUAAUGCACAGCUAUCAACUCUCACAAUGCUGGAUAGAGAGUCAGUCAGCUCUUACCACAUGAUUGCUACUGUGAGUGACAAUGGAGCAUCCCCACUAACUGACACUGCUGAUAUAUUUGUUACUGUCAUGGACAUUAAUGAUCAUCCUCCUGUCUUUGAUCUCCCUGGAUACAGUGUUGAGAUAGCAGAGGAGAAUACAUACAGCUCAUGCUUAACAGUCCACGCUGAAGAUACGAUUGAUGAAGAUGGUCCCAAUACUCAAGUAUCUUAUAGUUUUAUAGUACACAGUGCCAGUCCUAAUACAAGUAUUGCUGGCCUUCAGACUAAGUUUAUACUAGACAGUGGCAAUGGUCAAAUGUCAUGUCUUGCUAUAAAUCAUGAGUAUGGAUAUCAUAAUAUCAUCCUCCAAGUGACUGCCUCUGAUGCUGGAACUAAUCCAGGGCCACUCAACUCAACUGUAUUUGUCAAUGUGACGAUUGAAGACAUUAAUGAACAUCCUCCCGUGUUCACUCAAGCCACUUAUAACUCAACAGUAUAUGAGAAUCACACGAUUGGUAGUGAGAUUGGUAUAACUGUCCUAGCCACAGAGAGUGGUGAUACUGGACUCAAUGAUCCGCCUACUUAUAGCAUCAUCAGUGGGAAUGUGAAUGGAGCAUUCAGUCUUGAUGAGAAUACUGGAGUAUUCACUUUAGCUCAUUCACUGGAUUGGGAGACAUUAGCACCUAACCCUAUUGCCAUCAAAGUAAGAGCCAUUGAUAGGCACGACCAAGGAGAUAGGGUUUUCAGUUCAACAGCAAUGGUAAUGGUAACAGUACUGGACGUCAAUGACAAUACACCAUACAUCACACAACCGCUAGGCCAUCCUACUAUAACUGUCUCUGAAGGAGGACCUCCACAAAUUAUAACAACAAUACUAGCAACAGAUCCUGAUGGAGCUUCGGAUGGAUCGGUCACUUAUGAUAUGGUCAAUCCUUCUUAUGGUAAUUUCACUAUUAAUCCUGUUACUGGUACUGUGUUUAUGCACACUCCACCUGACAGAGAGACUAUCAGUUCCUUUUCAAUUACUCUUAUAGCAAGCGAUCAACCUCCUGAUCCUUCCACUGCCAGAACAAACUCCACAUACAUUAAUAUUGCUGUAACUGAUAUUAAUGAUCAUCCACCUGUAUUUGUUAAUAAUACAAACUUGUUUGUAACCAUUCCUGAAGAUACAUCAGGAGCAGUGAGUCUAUUAACAGUAACUGCAGUUGAUAAUUACGAUAUUGGAGUCAAUGCUGAAAUCGAGUACUUCAUUGAAAGCAUAUCUCCUACAUUCAUCAGUCCUGGCGGUAAUGCAAAGUUUCAGAUUGAUCAAACGACUGGUGUGCUACAGACCGGCUCGGUUGGUUUUGAUUACGAGGACUCGACUGAUAGAUUAUACACAGUAAUCAUUGUUGCCAGGGACAAAGGAACCAACCCAAUGAGAUUAACUGAUACAGCCACAGUAACAGUUACUAUAACAGAUGUGAAUGACAACCCUCCAGUAUUAUCUGCCUCUUUCUUUGACCACACCAUCACUGAGAACUAUGGAACCACACUCACACAAUCUGACCAAGUCUUAAUAACAGGAAUAAACGUGUCUGAUGUUGACACUGUAUCCACCUCAUUCCAAUACAGUGUAGUUGAUCCAUUAAAGACACUUGGUCUAUUCAACGUUGAUCCUAAUACUGGUGACAUAUAUGUACCAUCGGGUACACACAUAGAUAGGGAGGACACUGAUAAUGUCAUUGAUGCAUUUGGUAGAGCUGUCAUUACAUUUGAAAUACAAGUCACUGAUGGAACGUACAAUGACGAAGCUGAAGUGACCAUAUACAUUACUGAUAUCAAUGAUAAUGGCCCAAUGUUCUCUACCUCAUUGAUCAGUACUGGUGUACCUGAGGGUGUACCUAUUGGUACAGUAGUUGACAUUAUAUCUGCCACUGAUGCUGAUUAUGGUUCAAAUGCUGUACUUACAUACUCAAAGACCUCCGGUGAUCCUGAUGGUCUUUUUAGUAUCCCUGAUGAUACUAUUGGUAAAAUAGUGGUAUCCGGUGAUAUUGAUAAAGAGAACGGACCACCAAAUAGUCUCUAUGUGAUCACAUUCUAUGUCACAGCCUAUGACAGUGCUGGACACAAUGACACUGUACCAGUCUCAGUAGAGAUUACUGAUGUUAAUGAUAACAGUCCUAUAUUCAAUCCUACUUUUUAUCAAGUGACAAUAUCAGAAGGAUCGACUAACGAUGAGCUGCUUGAGGUGGUCAAUGCCACUGAUGCUGACAGCGGUACGAAUGGAGCCAUCACUUACGCCAUUGUUGGCGGUAAUGUUAACAACGCUUUCUAUAUAAAGACUCCUUCGUUGGGAGAUGUGAGAGUCCUAGAUGCUAGCGUCAUCGAUAGAGAAACUCUUUCAUUUUAUCGUUUAAUAAUAACAGCAACUGAUGGAGCAUUCCCGACAUCAUAUCAGAGAUCAGCUGUUUCUGAAUUUGUGAUACACAUCAGUGAUAUCAAUGACAACACUCCACAAUUCUUGCACACUGUACACAGAGGGACUAUACCAGAGAAUGCUGAUAAUAACACAUUCAUUGCUGUGAGUCCAUCGGUAUAUGCCACUGAUAGAGACAUUGGCUCAAAUGCUGCCAUUACUUAUGACAUUGAAGCUGGCUAUCCGUUUAGAAUUGACCCAAACACAGGUUUUGUUUAUACCUCUGAAGUCGGGGUCUUGGAUCGUGAGACUAUUUCCUCUUAUAACCUGACGGUCCAUGCAAGGGAUGGAGGCGGUCGUGAGACGACCGGUCUAUUACUGAUUACUGUGACUGACAUCAAUGACAAUCCACCAAUCAUUAAUGAGGACCCAUUAGCUCUAGCUGUCACUAUACCAGAGAACUACACAGUAGGAGGAGACAUUGCUCAGAUAACUGCCAGCGAUAAAGACGAGGGUGUCAACUCUCAGUUGGUUUUCAGUCUGACCGGCGGAGAGGGAUACUUUCAAGUUGAUCCAAACAAUGGAAGCGUUACCCUCUCUCAGACCCUUAUACACAUUGAGAGACGAUCCGAUUUCAUCGUAACAGUUAGAGUCAAUGACGGGGGCAAUCCAUCAUAUUCGACUCAUGUUUCAUUCCACAUCUCAGUCAGUGACGUCAAUGAUAAUACACCAGUCUUCACUCAUGCUCCUGCCUCAUUCACUAAACAAGAGAACUCACCCUACCCUGUCAUUCUUCCAUUGACUCCUGGACUGUGGACUCCUAAUGUAGUCACUGAUGCUGAUCUUGGCCUCAACGCUCAGUUUAAUUUCUUCUUAUCAGCCAACUCCAGUCCUGUCUUCUCUUUUGAUAAUUACACUGGCAUACUGACUCUCAUUAGUCCCUUAGACUAUGAGUCUAAGACCCUGUAUACUGCUCUUAUAUACGUGAGGGAUAGAGGUAGCCCAUCACUCCAGGCUCAGGAUACACUGAGUAUCAGACUGAGUGUCACCGAUGCUAAUGAUCAACCUCCUGUCUUUGAUAACAGAGCAUAUUCUACUAAUGUGUCAGAGUUCACACAGUCCAAUGUUCCAUUGUUACUGGUCUCUGCCACUGAUGCUGAUACAGCCCCUUAUGCUGUCAUUACUUAUCACUUGUUAAGCUCCAGUCCCGGUCUUGGUCAUGAUCUCUUCAAGAUUGAUUCCACGUCUGGUCUUAUACUCACUAAAUCCUACCUCUCAGAGACAAGCAAAGGUUGCUAUGACCUGCUCAUAGAGGCCAGGAAUCCAGACGAGCCAUUGCUUAAUGAUAAUGCUACUGUGGAUAUAUGUAUCACUGAUCAGAACCAAAGCCCACAGUUCAGUCAGUCCUUUUACAAUUUCUCCAUCAAUGAAAACACACCUGCAGGUCACGUGUUAGGCGUUAUUUCAGCCACAGAUCCUGAUGAAGGAUCCAAUUCCGUUGUCUCGUACACACUCAUCACUGAUCCCAAUGAUAAUGGAUUAUUUGCUAUCAAUAGUAAUACAGGUGUCCUCUCUACAUUAUCGCCUUUGGAUCGGGAAGAUCAAUCGCUUCAUAUUCUCACUGUGAUCGCACAGGACAUGGGUCAAAGUGGCUUCCAACACACAAAUUACACUACAAUACUGGUCAAUGUUAACGAUGUCAAUGAUAAUGAUCCUCAAUUUCUACACAAUACAUUUGAUCAGGAGUACACAAUAUCAGAAGGAGUAUCCCGUAAUACUACAAUAGCUACCAUACAAGCAUCCGAUGUUGAUGUUGGCAAUGUUAACUUGUUUAAUAUCAUAAAUGAUCCUAGAUCAUUAUUCAAGAUUGGUCACAAUACUGGCUUGUUACAAACUGAAGGUGGUCCUGAGGAUUUUGAUAGAGAAACUUUCUCCAGUUAUACUAUCAUAAUUCAAGUAUAUAAUGCUGAUAAUGUACAAAGGAAUAGUAAUGCCAGCAUAACAUUCAUUCUGACUGAUGUUAAUGACAACACUCCAUACUUUACACACACCCUUAAUGAUACUUGUAUCUAUGAGAACUCACCUACUGGACUUGUGAUUGGCACAUACACUGCUCAUGAUAUCGACAUUGGCAUAAACAGUAAAGUGUUCUUUCAAAUCACUGAUGGGAAUGAUGGUGAUGCAUUUUCUAUUGAAGCCCUAGAUGGUAGUUUAAAGGUUCUAAAUCAGUUGGACUAUGAGGAUGGUGUCACUGAUUUCACUCUAACUAUUCGUGUUCAAGAUCUUGGUACACCUUCUUUCUUCAAUGAAACAAGCAUCAAUAUAUGCAUACUGGACGUCAAUGAUAAUGGCCCAAGUUUCACACAGUCCAGUGUCGACCCUGUAUCCAUAAUGGAGAAUCAGCAAGAUGGACAGUUUAUAGCUACUUUUGAAGUCACUGAUCUUGAUAGCCCACCUUAUGAUGAGGCAGUCAUUAGAAUUGUCAGUGGAAAUGAGUUGGAUGCAUUCUAUUUCAAUGAGAGCUCAAAUAGUCUUUUUGUAAAGAAUGGGAGCUUCUUUGACUAUGAGAGUGGGAAUAACACAUUCACUCUUACUGUAGUAGCUGAGGACAUUCACAACCCUGCAUUUAAUGAUACUGCAUUGGUUACCAUUACUAUUACUGAUGCGAAUGACAAUCCUCCAGUAUUAGAUGUUAACUUCCUUGACAUUUCACUAUUGGAGUCAGAGACAGUUGGUGCUAUCCUUGGACAGCUUGUUGCAACUGAUGCUGACACUGGGAGCAACGCUCAAGUAUCUUAUGCUAUCAAAUCACAAAAUGGUAACAAGUUUUCAAUUGAUCCAGUUACCGGUCUGAUUACAUUGACUGAUGGCUUGGACUAUGAGACACCACCUAACCAAUAUGAGAUAAUAAUAACAGUGACUGAUCAUGGGGUACCACCUCUAUCAGCGACUGCCAGUGUGAGGGUCAAUGUUACCGAUAUUAAUGACAACCCACCAACCAUUGAUCCACCUAUUAUUGUCAAAGACUAUUACAUACCUGAGAAUGCAACACAUGGGCAUUUUAUACUGGAUGUGAAUGCUACUGACCCUGAUACUGGCCUUGGUGGAGUGUUGAGCUAUGAGUUCAGUAAUGGUUUUUCAACAUAUGGAGACCCUCCACUGUUUGCUAUUGACAGUGUGACUGGUGAUAUAAUACUGGUUGGGAGUCUAGACUAUGAAUCUACCAUCAUAUAUGAGGUUACAGGGGUAGUAAAAGAUGGAGGAAACCCACAGUUCCAAGACAGCUUCAGUUUUACAGUACAUGUUACUGAUAUCAAUGACCAUAUACCAACUUUCAAGACACCAAUUUAUUCAAAUUAUGACUUGUUUGAGGAUCAGGUCACUGGCCCUAAUAAUCCUUUUACUCACUUGAAUGGAACUGACAUUGAUGCAAGUGAUGCUAAUAAGUUAUACUUUUAUGCUGUAUCAGAUGAUGGCUACGCCGUUCCUAAUUGUGUUGGAGCUUUUUGUGUGUCGCGUAAUGGCAAUGUAUACAAUCACAGAUCGUUAGAUAGAGAGAUUGAGGAUACUCACACACUAAGAGUGACUGUAAGCAACUCAAUGUCAACUGAUAAAAGUAACAAGACUGUUACAGAUCUAAAUCUACCGACACAGGUACUGACUAUUACUAUACUUGAUGUCAAUGAUAAUGCACCUCAAUUUAUAAGCUUUGAGACUAAAGUUGGCAUUGAUGAUAAUGCAGCUAUAGGAACUAGACUAUUAACCAUUCAGACCAGUGAUGCUGAUGUUGGAGACUUUGCAAAAGUUUGGUAUAGAAUAGAAGGACAUGGAGCAGCUGUCACUAUCGACAGAGAAAUUGGUGUGAUCAAUACAGCUGGGUCAUUCUUCAAUGAAGCAGGACGCCGAUACACAGCAACUGUUGAAGCAUAUGACAAUGAAGGAAGACUACCAUUCAACACUAAUUCGAUAUCAAUAUUGUUUUAUGUGUACGACUAUCGAGACAACAGUAUUAUAUUACAAGUUAACCAAACUGUUUCUUACGUACUACAAAACCUUGCUGAAUAUCGAAGGAUUAUACAAAAUGCAACUGGUGGUCAAGUAGUAAUUACUGAUGUUCGUCCAAGCAUUAAUACAGUCACGGGACAAGUUGAUUACUCAAAAACUGAUAUAGUCUUCAUUGUUAUCGAUUCGAAUACAGAUACACCUUCUCCUGGUUCAGAAAUAAUAGAAAUUUUUAAUCAGCCUGGAACAAAUGUGUCCCUACCUGGAAUUAAUGGGACUCCUGUCAUUACUGUACCAGCACCACCUCUAGUAACCACUACAGGCUAUGAUCUCUGGCUUAUUAUACUGAUAAUAGCUGCAAUGGGCUCUGUCAUACUCUUGCUCUGCUGUGCUUUCUGUGUUUUUCUAAUCAGCGAAAAGAGAAGGCGUAGGAAGCUAAAAGAAGAAAAGAGUGAACUCAAUGAUGAUUUCUCAUUGACAAGAAGCACAGCUGAGUACAAUACUACUAAUAAUCCAUUGUGGAUAUCACCUGUCAUGCUGCCAGGAAGAGAUGACAUUUCUAGUAUAUCAUCAGUCAACACUAAACCUACUGUAGUUAAACCCAAUCCAAUGUAUGAAGAUCAGGAGGUCAAUCUUGAAUUAUUAGAUGACGAUGAUGAGCCUUGGAGCAGUACAGAGAAUCUUAUUGUUCCGCCAAAGAAUGUCACUAAGCUAAAGGGAACCCGUCAAAUGACUGAUGACGAUCUCCUUGAUCAAGCAGUUGGUCUUUCACCUUCGAGGAGGUCUGUUGCUGAUGAUGAUGAAGAUGAUGAAAGAUUUUCUUUCAUUUAAAACUUUUUACUUAUUUUGUAUGCAUAUAUAGAGCUCCAUGCUGUACACACACACACAUUAAAUGUUAUAACUUAAUGAGUAUGACAUGCUCACAAUUGAAAUGUAGUGUUGAUUUUUGCACGAGUCUUUGACAAAAUUAUAUUUUAAUAAUGAUUAAAUGAGAGUUUAAAUGAAAAAUUUAAAUACACAGAACACAAAUAAUGCACAAUACUCGUUGAUAAAACAUUUGUUUGUUAAUUGUUC